GCUCUCUCUGGCUUAACUAUGUCCACGCUUUGUUGUAAGACUGAUGCAUCUACCUAAGGAUUCACUAUCUGCAACUAAGUUUGAGCUUUCGGGAGGAUAAUCGAUAGCAAUGUCUUGUUGAAGAUCAGCAUUGGUGUGGAUAUCUUACAUUUCAUGUGGUUCGGUGCCGUGGAUUUAGCGUGCAUCAUCUUUUUUUAACGGGAAAAAGCUUUGCUCCUGUUUGCAUCAUCCUAAAGGCGCUCUCCUUCUCUGGGAUUAGCAUUAGCAUGUUGCUCUAGCCAGGGUGAGACUGAUUCUAGCAACUUUUUUAAAGGAAUUCUGGGCCAAAUAUUUUUAGGAGCACUUUUUGCUGUUUGACUCCUUCGUCUCCAAGCUUGUCAGGAACUGAACUGCCUUUUUUUCUUCAAAACAAACCAGCGAAAGUUAAUCACAUAAUUGAUUUUCUUUGAAGGCCCAUCAACAGAAGCGAAGAUGCUGAAUCAGGGGGCUGUGAUGAUCUUCACGGGGGUCUGUGGGGCGUUAGUGGUCAUGGCAGUGGCCUACUACGCCUACUGGUCGGUGGUACUAAGUGAAGGGCCGUGUAAAAGAGGGUUGUAGAGAAGAGCCCGCUGUGCAGUGUGAGUGUGUGUGUGUGUGUGUGUGUGAGUGUGAGUGUGUGUGUGGAAGGGGCUCUCAGUCAUGGGUUUGGUGGCGUGGCUGAAGAGUCUGUUCGUCCUGCAGCUCUUGAUUGGCUUUGUGUUUGUGGUGAGCGGCCUGAUCAUCAACUUCACCCAGCUCUGCACCUGCGUGCUGUGGCCCUUCGACAAACAGCUGUACCGCAGAAUCAACACCAGACUCUCCUACUCGCUAUGGAGCCAGUUAGUGAUGUUGUUGGAGUGGUGGUCUGGCACUGAGUGCACGCUGUACACCGAUCAGGCCACGGUGGAUAAAUUUGGUAAAGAGCAUGUCAUCAUCAUCCUCAACCACAACUUCGAGGUGGACUUUCUGUGUGGCUGGACCAUCUGUGAGAGAUACGGCGUGCUGGGGAGUUCAAAGGUUCUGGCAAAGCAUGAACUGCUGAAAGUGCCUCUGAUUGGCUGGACGUGGUAUUUCCUGGAAAUAGUCUUCUGCAAGAGGAAGUGGGAGGAGGAUAGAGACACUGUCUUCAGUGGACUCAGCCGUCUCAGAGAUUAUCCAGAAUACAUGUGGUUCCUGUUGUACUGUGAAGGAACGAGAUUUACGGAAAAGAAACACCAGAUCAGCAUGCAGGUGGCUGAGAGUAAGGGCCUUCCCAAACUGAAGUACCACCUCCUGCCCCGCACCAAAGGAUUCACCACCACACUGCAAUGCCUAAAGGGAACAGUAAAAGCAGUCUAUGAUGUCACGCUGAACUUCAAAGACAAACAAAACCCGACUCUGUUGGGGAUUGUCAAUGGGAAGAAGUACAAAGCAGACUUGAGUGUCAGGCGCUUCUCUGUUGAGGAGAUUCCUGACGAUGAAAAAGAGUGCGCCGAUUGGUUACACAAACUCUACCAAGAGAAGGAUGCAUUACAAGAGUACUAUGAGAAGGAGGGCUGUUAUCCCGGCCCAACAAUCAUACCCAAACGUCGCGUUUGGACCCUGCUGAACUUUCUGUUCUGGGCUACUAUCCUGCUUUCCCCGCUUAUUAACUUUGCCUGGGAUGUGUUUGUCAGCGGCUCUCCCCUCCUCAUCAUCGGCUUCAUGAUCUUCCUCAUUGUCGCUUCUGUAGCAGUUCGCCGGCUCAUCGGAGUAACCGAAGUAAAGAAGACGGGAUCCAGCUACGGCAACGUAGAGGCCAAGAAGGAAAACUAAUCAACAUUUUCACCCUAUCGACACCGUGUGGCCACUGUAAUGCUGUAAUGCUCACCCUGCAGUCCAGCCUCAGGCACAGAGCUGCCCUGUGUGCAGUUAUCUUUCUUUUUACAAAACAAAAAUGUAAUUUAAAAAAAUGAAUGAAUUAUUAACAUCUCUUCAAUGCAGCAUUGGGAGGUAUAUAGGGAUAUAACUAUAGAUAUAACUUAAUAUGCUAGUCUGUAAACGUACAAAUAAUUUUAUGAACAAAACUAAAUGGGAAAUAGAGGAGAGGAAGCACUUUCAGUUGCGGAUCGAUGUGACACGUUUCCCUCCUUUUUAACCCCGCCCCUUUAAUGACAUAAGCCCCGCCCUCUUUUAACCAAACAAGCUCACAUCUUGUCUUAGUUCUUCAUUAGUAUUUAUCAUCUCCGGAAGUGCUUUGUAACACUUCGUUCUUUGCAUCUACAAUAUCAAAUCCUCCCUUUCACAGUUUGGAUCGCCACACUUGAGUCACCUGGACUGAUUUUUCUAAGAUCAGAAUUUCACAUCACGGGCGGUUGAGGAAGACAAACAGCCCAGCUGGUCAGAGAAAAGGCGGCCCCCUACCUAACAAAUCAACCGCUGUAGAUCACCAAUGGGUCUAUUGGUCAGCUGAAAACUGUUAUGCGACGGCAAUAGAAAUGGACUGAGCGGAGUUUCUGAGGAAAAGCAUGUCUUCUGUAACUUUUCUCCCAUUUUCGAGACCUUUUCACAAUGGUGUCUUAUCCCACUCUGUCACCAUUGCAUUACCAUGUAGAUGAAUAAGCGAUGUUUUCUACUCCUGUCCACAUAGAGCAUCUCUUUAGUUAGUUUGCAGCUAAAUGAAACACCCAUGGACCAUGAUUCAACUGCCCAUAUCUAGCCAUGUGUAACUGGAAACAUAGGGUGUGAGAUAAAGAGAGAGUAGCCGAAAGACCAAGAAGACAACAAUCUGUUCUGUCAAUAAACGAAGAUUGUGAAACCCCUUUUAGUGUAAACCACUGACACUAAUGGUUUGUAAAUAAACUCUAGAAGUUUCUUCUUGACCCAAACCCAUUCGAAUUAGAUGAAUGCGCUUCAUUCGUUUAAAGUUAUUUCUCUCUUUCUGAUGUCUUCCCUCAUUGUUUUCAAUGUGCAUCUUUGCUUUUUUUGAAUGGCGAAAUUGGAAAGGACCCGUGCAAGCCUUAACGGAGCAGAACAGUGUAGCUUCUUGUAUGUAGUCGGGCAGUCCGGAGUGAUUGGGUUUCUCAUGUAUUGUGCAAUUUUUAUCUGAUCUUCAUGUCAUCUUCUACUGGCAUUCAUGUGGUGUAGAUUACAGAUGCAGUCUGUGUGUUUCAGAUGCACAAUAUUCAUAUGAGGAUUUAAGUUUGGGAAUUUGCAAGAUCUGUAAGACACCAGGGCAACUAGUCUGGUUUAUAAGGUCGGGAGAAUACCAAAGUUUACUUGAUUAAAAUAUUGGUUGGAUGAAUAGUAGGUUAAAUGGUUAGUUCACCCAAAAAUAAAAUAUGUUGUUAAAUACUUUCCCUCAUUCUGAAACCCUGAAACUUUCCUUCAUCAUCUAAACACAAAAUAAAAUACUUUAAAUUCAAUCUGUUGGUAGCAAAUGUUCCAACUAUACUUUAAAUAUCAGAAAAAUACCCACAAAAAUUCCUAAAAUAAUUCCUAAGAUGUGAACUUGAGAACUUUAAUGUCAUUAACUAUAGUAAAACAACUUGUCAAAAAGAAUUUUAAAAAAUGAAAUCCUGUGAACAGAUUAAAUACAGGAACGGAGAAAAGAGCACUCUUUUAUUAUCAGCUGUUAGUCAGCGCCUGCUCUUUUUUUUUUUUUGGUCAUUUUACCUUUGCCCUGUACUGUGUAAAUGCAGACAAUCGGAUACGAAUCACUUUUAAAACAUGAUGCAAGCCAGUCAUCAAAAAAAUCGUACAGUUACAAAAUCUGAAUUGAUUAUCGAGAUCUGCAGUGUAAAUGCAGCCAUAGUGUGUUUUGAGGAUGUUUUGGGUUUUUUGGGGGACUUUAAAUUGGGAACAUUGCUGUCUACGGAGGAUAAGAGAGCUCUCAGAUUUCAUUUAAAAUAUAUCAGUGUGAUCAACGAAGAUCUUAGGGGAUGGGAAUGACAAGAGGAUGAGUAAUUAAUAACAUAAUGUACAUUUUUGGGUAAACUAAAGGCUAAUUUAUACUUCUGCGUCAAGCUCACUCGUAUGCGUAGCCUUCACGUGGUCGCAUAGCCCUCGCCGUGGCUGACCCACACCUCUCAAAAAAUGUAACCACGUAGUACUAUUUCUGUGAUUGCUUGGUAGAUGUGACGAGUGUGGCGGGUGCUGAAAGCCGCGAGCCGAUGAAGUGAAUGAAUUGUCGAAUCCCUUGAAAAAGCUCCAGAUGAAAACUUUUGUUCUGUAUUUAUUUUAUGAUUAAAGUUGUUGCACAUCCUCCAGUUCCCGCCUCUGAAUGAGCAAGUUUUAAUUACUUGUUGCGUUCCGAUAGUAACUCAACAUAGAGGAACAAAAACAUCUGCUGCCAACCAGCGUUUCAGAAGCGUUAUUGCAGAGCAAGACAAUAGUGUCUGGAAGUAACAUAAUUCACACUACAAGCGACUCGCAGCAUCAAAGCAACAAGCAACCAUUCAGUUCAACAGGGAGUGAGCGACUUCCGGUGACCUCCGUCUACAUCGACCGUUGGCGACCAGGUGGGCGGCCUCUGGGCGAGCUGAAAGAUCAUGUGAGCUCUGCAAAUGCUCCUACUGGCUGUCGAUCAAGAAAGUCAAUCUUCAUUUGCAAAGGGUUGAAAGAUUCUCAACUUUGUCUCGUCACUGGACACACCCUCCUCGUCGCCAACGGUUGCUGUUGCUCGCAUAAAGGGAGGUCAGCGGAAGUCGCUCACCCUCAAUUUAAAUAAGCGGUCACUUUGCCACUGCGAGUCACUCGUAAUGUGAAUGAUGCCUUAUUCACACUGGUAGUGACUUUGUAGCUACCUGUCGCUUUAGGUAGGGACCUGCUGCAAAUACAAAUCUGUGAGGGUAUAUACAGCACGAAUACAACCAGUCUCUGAGCGAGCUAAGAGAAGAUCACAUGAGCUGUACUGGUGCUCCUAUUGGCUGUCGCUCAAGAAAGUUGCUUGCAUAAUUGCAUAAAGUUGAAGGAUUCUCAACUGUGUCGCAUAGCUUGACGCGCCUACCUAGUCACCAACGGUCAAUGCUUACUUUCUAUUGAACUGAACGGUUACUUGACACUUUGCCGCUGCAAGUCACUCAGGUUGAAUGAGGCUGGAUUUUCAACUUUGUCGCGGUACUAGAUAUCUCCACCUGGUAGCCAACGGUUGCUGUCGCUAGCGUAGAUGGAGGUCGCUGGAAGUUGCUCACUCAAAAUUUAAAUGAAUAAUCGCUUUGCUGCUGCCAGACGCUCGUAGUGUAAAUGGGGUAUAAAUGCACCGCAUUUGGGUCACGCCGAUCACUCGACACAAAAGUAUAAAUCAGCCUUAACUUUAGUAUCUUUAAUUUUCACCAGUUAAGACUGAAUCUAUUCAUUUCCUUGCCACAGAGUUUUUAUUUUUUCAUUUAACCUGGUGAUUAAUUUAUUCUGAAUAAUUCAGCAUGAGUGAUCCAUUUCUAAUAAAUGGGCGGUGUUUGGGAGUCGCUUGCUGAUCUGUUGUCAAGACCACUGUUGACAGGGUAGGACUCUGAGCCAAGAUCAGUUCUUGAACUCUAAUCCAAUAAUGAAUGUGACACCUGAUCUGAGGCCAGAAUUCCCUCUUCUUGUAAUAAAUGUUGCUACUGUAUGCGUAUGACUGACAGGAUUGAGAUUGUAGAGUACAGACUAAAUAGCGGGCUUUGGGAAAAGAUGCGAGAUGUCAUAGUGAGUGUUUCUGACUUGCGUUUGAGUUAAAUCCUCCUCAAAAAGCAGUAUGUGAGCAGAGGUUGCAUAGAACUAGAAAUUUAGUCUGUUAAGUUCACAAUUUGUUUUGUAUUUUCUUUCAGAUAAAUUAAAGCAUUCAGUGUAUGAUUGGAA